UUCCAGGCCACAUGAGUCUGAUUGGUGAGUUUCACUUCCUUUUGUUCCCCAGCAACUUCAAACGCGGGCGAGCCAGGGAACCACGUCGCGCCCCUGUUGGCCGUUGGCCCUGUUCCCACCGCUGCACCCUGGCUGGCUGCGUCAACAUGCACCACAUCAACCCACAACACUGCCUGUCCUGUCGAUACCACACGACGCAUCAUGCACAUCCACUUGGUCUGGUCAAAACGCUGACAUUGAUCCUUCCCCCGGACUUAGACACCUAAUCCAACAUGUCGGGCUAUCCGGCCAACAACCACGAUUAUGAUGAUGGCUACGGCCAUCAUCAGCAAGGAAACACUGACUCCUACUAUGACAACGAUCAGGGUCAGUACUACGACAAUGGCUACGACGCCCGCGACGCCCGCGGCGGCCAAGGUGGCCAAGCCGGGCAGGAAGGCUACUAUGACGAGUCAGGAUACUACAACUCCGACCCGAAUAAUCCUUACCACCAGGACGGUGGCUACUACGAGGGCCACGACCAAUACAAUGAUGGCUACGACAACGGCUACUAUGACCAAGGCUACGAUCAAGGUUACAACGGCCAAGGCCAGCGCCGCGGAGGUUCUGAGGAAGAUUCCGAGACUUUCAGCGACUUUACCAUGAGGUCUGACAUGGCCCGAGCCGCCGACAUGGACUACUACGGCCGGGGCGACGAGUAUGGCGGCUACCAAGACGGCCAAGGUGGCCGUGGCUAUCGCCCACCGUCUUCGCAAAUCUCAUACGGCGGUAACCGUUCUUCGGGUGCCUCCACGCCCAAUUACGCCAUGGACUACGGCAACGUUCUCCCAGCUGGCCAGCGCUCCCGAGAGCCGUAUCCUGCGUGGACAUCGGAAGCUCAGAUCCCCCUUUCCAAGGAGGAGAUUGAGGACAUCUUCCUUGAUCUUUCAAACAAGUUUGGUUUCCAGAGGGACAGCAUGCGCAACAUGUACGACCACUUGAUGACACUGUUGGACUCGCGAGCCUCGCGCAUGACUCCAAACCAGGCGCUCCUCUCCCUCCACGCCGACUACAUUGGCGGAGACAACGCGAACUUCCGCAAGUGGUACUUUGCUGCGCAUCUGGAUCUCGACGACGCCGUAGGCUUCUCCAACGUCAAGGGGAAGAAGUCCAAGAAGAAGGCCAAGAAGAAGAAGGGCGAGGCUGAGGAGCAGACCCUCGAGGAUCUCGAAGGCGACGAUUCGCUGGAAGCCGCAGAGUUCCGAUGGAAGACACGCAUGAACCGCAUGUCUCAGCACGAUCGUGUGCGACAAAUUGCGCUCUACCUCCUUUGCUGGGGUGAAGCCAACCAAGUUCGUUUCAUGCCCGAGUGUCUGUGUUUCGUCUUCAAGUGUGCCGACGACUACCUGAACUCACCUGCCUGCCAAAACUCUGUCGAGCCCGUACCGGAAUUCAGCUUUCUGAACAACGCCAUCACACCUCUGUACCAGUACUGCAGAGACCAAGGCUACGAGAUCGUAAACGGCGUCUAUGUCCGACGUGAGCGUGACCACAACAGGAUUAUUGGUUACGAUGACUGCAACCAGUUAUUCUGGUAUCCUGAGGGUAUCGAACGCAUCGUCCUCGAGGACAAGUCCAAGCUGGUCGACGUGCCUCCCGCUGAGCGGUACCUGAAACUGAACCAGGUAAACUGGAAGAAGUGUUUCUUCAAGACCUACAAAGAGACCCGCUCUUGGAUGCACUUGAUCGUCAACUUCAACCGUAUCUGGGUCAUCCACUUGACAGUCUUCUGGAUGUUCACAGCAAACAACGCUCCUUCGCUGCUGGUUCCUAACUACGAACAGCAGGUCAACCAGCAACCGGCUCGCUCUGCCCAAUGGUCUAUUGUCGGUUUUGGUGGAGGCAUAGCAUCUCUCAUCCAGAUCCUGGCGACACUUGCAGAAUGGGCUUACGUUCCCAGGCGAUGGGCCGGUGCUCAGCAUCUUACCAAGCGACUGUUGUUCCUCCUCCUGGUCUUUGUGAUCAACGUCGCGCCUGGCGUGUACGUCUUCUUACCACAGGACACCAUAUCGGCUUACAACGCACACCAAAACACCACAAUCGCCCUGGCUCUCGGUAUUGUGCAGUUCUUCAUCGCCCUCAUCACCUUGAUCUUCUUCGCCCUCAUGCCUCUUGGUGGACUGUUCGGCAGCUACCUGGUGAGCAAGAAAUCUCGACGCUAUGUGGCCAGCCAGACAUUUACCGCGAGUUGGCCUCGACUGAAGGGCAACGACAUGGCCAUGUCUUACGGGCUGUGGGUUGUUAUUUUUGGCGCCAAGUUCGGUGAAUCUUACGGCUUCUUGACCUUGUCGUUCCGUGACACCAUCCGCUAUUUGGCCAUAAUGGACACCAGUAGCUGCUUGGGCGACACGAUAAUCGGAAACAACCUUUGCAAGUACCACCCGACGAUCCUGCUGAUUUUGAUGGCUUUCACGGACUUGGUUUUCUUCUUCCUCGACACAUACCUGUGGUACGUGCUCAUGAACGCCGUGGUCUCCAUCGCCAGAUCGUUCUAUCUGGGUUCUUCCAUCAUGACGCCCUGGAGGAACGUCUUCUCCCGUCUGCCCAAGCGAAUUUACUCAAAAGUGUUGGCCACAACCGACAUGGAGAUCAAAUACAAGCCGAAGGUGCUCAUCUCCCAGAUUUGGAACGCCAUCGUCAUUUCCAUGUACCGAGAGCAUCUGCUCGCCAUCGAUCACGUGCAGAAACUUCUCUACCACCAGGUGCCUUCCGAGCAGGAGGGUAAGCGGACACUACGUGCCCCGACCUUUUUCGUCUCGCAGGAGGAUCACUCCUUCAAGACGGAAUUCUUCCCCAGCCACAGUGAGGCAGAGCGUCGAAUCUCGUUCUUCGCGCAAUCCCUGUCCACUCCAAUCCCUGAGCCGCUUCCCGUGGACAACAUGCCGACAUUCACAGUCCUAAUUCCCCACUACAGCGAGAAGAUUCUGCUCUCACUACGAGAAAUCAUCCGUGAGGAUGAGCCGUACUCUCGUGUGACCCUCCUUGAAUAUUUGAAGCAAUUGCACCCCCACGAGUGGGACUGCUUCGUCAAGGAUACCAAGAUCCUGUCGGACGAGACCGCCCAGUACAAUGGCGACGAGGAGAAGGCUGAGAAGGACACCGCCAAGAGCAAGAUCGACGAUCUCCCCUUCUACUGCAUCGGUUUCAAGUCUUCCGCCCCAGAGUACACGCUGCGCACCCGUAUCUGGGCUUCCCUGCGCUUCCAGACUCUCUACCGUACGAUCUCUGGUUUCAUGAACUACAGCCGUGCUAUCAAGCUGCUCUACCGCGUUGAGAACCCCGAAGUCGUCCAGAUGUUCGGCGGCAACUCUGACAAGCUCGAACGUGAGCUGGAGCGUAUGGCUCGCCGCAAGUUCAAGAUCUGUGUCUCCAUGCAACGAUACGCCAAGUUCAAGAAGGAAGAAAUGGAGAACGCCGAGUUCCUGCUUCGCGCAUAUCCCGACUUGCAGAUCGCUUACCUGGAUGAGGAGCCACCCGCGAACGAGGGUGAGGAACCGCGUUUGUACUCGGCCCUGAUCGACGGCCACUGUGAGCUCAUGGAGAACGGCAUGCGGAAGCCCAAGUUCCGAAUUCAACUCUCUGGCAACCCCAUCCUGGGAGAUGGCAAGUCCGACAACCAGAACCACUCGAUCAUUUUCUACCGGGGUGAAUACAUCCAGCUCAUCGACGCCAACCAGGACAACUACCUUGAGGAGUGCUUGAAGAUUCGAAGCGUACUUGCUGAGUUCGAGGAGAUGAAGACUGACAACGUCUCCCCUUACACUCCCGGAGUCAAGAACGAGUCUCCUGCCCCUGUUGCUAUCCUUGGUGCCCGUGAAUACAUUUUCUCUGAGAAUAUCGGUAUCCUUGGUGACGUCGCCGCCGGAAAGGAACAGACAUUCGGAACCCUCUUCGCUCGUACCUUGGCCCAGAUCGGCGGAAAGCUCCAUUACGGUCACCCCGAUUUCCUCAACGGUAUUUACAUGACUACGAGAGGAGGUGUCUCCAAGGCGCAGAAGGGUCUGCACCUGAACGAGGAUAUUUACGCCGGUAUGAAUGCCGUCCUACGUGGUGGCCGCAUCAAGCACUGUGAAUAUUACCAGUGUGGUAAGGGUCGUGAUCUGGGUUUUGGCUCCAUUCUUAACUUCACGACCAAGAUCGGAACAGGUAUGGGUGAACAGAUGCUCUCUCGAGAGUACUACUACCUGGGCACCCAACUGCCCCUGGACAGAUUCCUCUCAUUCUACUACGCACAUCCCGGAUUCCACGUCAACAACAUGUUCAUCAUGCUUUCGGUUCACAUGUUUAUGCUCUGCCUGAUCAACCUCGGGGCCCUUCGACACGAGACCAUUGCCUGCAACUACAACAGGGACGUCCCUAUCACGGAUCCUUUGUACCCGACUGGUUGCCAGAACACCCCCGCGUUGAUGGACUGGGUCUACCGCAGUGUUAUCUCCAUUAUCUUCGUCAUCUUCCUGGCAUUCGUGCCUCUGGUUGUUCAGGAGCUCACUGAGCGCGGCGUACUCCGCGCUUCGACCCGUCUGGCCAAGCAGAUCUGCUCUUUGUCGCCCUUCUUUGAGGUGUUCGUCUGUCAGAUCUAUGCCAACGCGGUACAACAGAACCUGUCAUUCGGAGGUGCCAGAUACAUUGGUACGGGCCGUGGCUUCGCCACCGCUCGUAUCCCCUUCGGAAUCCUGUUCUCGCGUUUUGCCGGGCCGUCUAUUUAUUUUGGAGCUCGCAUGCUGUUGAUGCUGCUGUUUGCAACCCUGACUGUCUGGCAGGCUGCCCUGGUUUACUUCUGGAUGUCUCUGCUCGCGCUCUGCAUCUCGCCGUUCCUCUACAACCCUCACCAGUUUGCAUGGAACGACUUCUUCAUCGACUACCGAGAGUUCCUCCGGUGGCUUUCUCGCGGCAACUCUGUGUCUCACGCGUCGUCUUGGAUUGCCUACUGCCGUCUGUCUCGUACACGGCUCACUGGAUACAAGCGCAAGGUUGUGGGCGAGCCUUCGGGCAAGCUGUCGGCCGAUGUGGCACGUGCUCACGUGACUAAUGUCUUCUUUGCCGAGAUCAUCGCGCCGCUGCUUCUCGCCAUUGUCACCCUGAUUCCUUAUCUGUUCAUCAAUGCGCAGACUGGAGUCCAUGACACAAGUGGGGUCCUAAAGGACAACAACGAGGACGCCAAGCCCACGGCGGCGCUGCUGCGUGUUGGUAUCAUCGCAUUCGGUCCCAUUGCCGUCAACGCUGGCGUGUGUGCUGUCUUCUUCGCCAUGGCUUGUUGCAUGGGACCCUUGUUCAGCAUGUGUUGCAAGAAAUUCGGCAGCGUACUCGCCGCUAUUGCACACGCGAUCGCCGUCAUCAUGCUCCUCGUCUUUUUCGAGGUGCUCUACGUUCUUGAGGGUUUUAACUUCACCCGCACGAUGAGCGGCAUGAUCGCGGUCAUUGCUGUGCAGCGAUGGGUGAUGAAAGUAAUCAUCACCUUCGCCCUGACGAGAGAGAUGAAGACUGACCAGGCCAAUAUCGCCUUCUGGACCGGCAAAUGGUACUCGAUGGGCUGGCACUCAGUCUCGCAGCCUGCACGAGAGUUCCUCUGCAAGAUCACCGAGCUGAGCUUCUUUGCUGGCGACUUCAUCUUGGGACACGCACUCCUGUUCAUAAUGUGUCCUGUGAUCCUGAUUCCCCAGGUGGACAAGCUGCAUUCCAUUAUGCUCUUUUGGCUCCGUCCUAGCCGGCAAAUUCGGCCACCCAUCUACUCGCUCAAGCAGUCCAAGCUGAGGAGGAAGCGCGUUUUCCGCUAUGCGCUGCUCUACUUCAUUCUGCUGAUCCUGUUCCUGGUGCUGAUGGUGGGUCCAAGCCUGGCGGGCAAGUACGUGCCGUCGUCGUUGUUUGAUAUGCUUGAAAGCACAAACCUGGUUCAACCCACAGGCCUGGACAAGAACAACACCAUCGGGGAAAGCGACACAGGCACUGCUGGUCCCUCGUACUCGGGAGCACUGCUGACAAUGACUGGGGCUUCCUCUGCGGCGGCGUCAAGCACGGGAGACGCCGCCAAGAUUCGUCUCUUCUAA